AUGUUCAGGUCGGGGUUGUCACUCUUCCUCCACAAUAUGAAGAAGCAGAAUAUCCGGACUCUGUCCCUCAUCCUCUGCAUGUUCUCCUACCUCCUGGUGGGAGCUGCAGUUUUUGAUGCCUUGGAAUCAGAAUCUGAAAGUUCCAGAAAGAGGAUCUUAGAGGAUAAGAGGACUGACUUGAAAAAGAAAUAUCAUUUUACUGAGGAGGACUACCGAGAGAUAGAGCGCGUGGUGCUGCAGUCCGAGCCCCACCGGGCAGGCAAGCAGUGGAAAUUCGCUGGCUCCUUUUAUUUUGCUAUUACAGUCAUUACUACAAUAGGUUAUGGUCACGCUGCCCCAGGAACUGAUGCUGGCAAAGUCUUCUGUAUGUUCUAUGCUGUUCUUGGGAUUCCUCUCACCCUGGUCAUGUUCCAAAGCCUGGGAGAACGGAUGAACACAUUUGUCAGAUUCUUAUUAAAGAAGCUCAAAAAAUGUUUCCGCAUGAGGAAGACUGAGGUGUCCAUGGAAAACAUGGUUAUAGUUGGUUUCUUAUCGUGCAUUGGGACACUGGGCAUUGGCGCAGCUGCCUUCUCGUACUUUGAAGGUUGGACUUUCUUCCACUCUUACUACUAUUGUUUUAUUACACUUACGACCAUAGGGUUUGGAGACUUUGUGGCCCUUCAAAAAAAUGAAGCUUUGCAGAAGAAACCACCAUACGUUGCUUUUAGCUUCAUGUAUAUCCUGGUGGGACUAACAGUAAUUGGAGCGUUCCUCAACUUAGUUGUCCUCCGCUUCUUGACAAUGAACUCUGAAGAUGAAAGACGAGAUGCAGAAGAGAGGGCUUCUCUGCGGAGAGCACAUAAUAGCAUCUCUCUACAGUCCAAGAUGGAUUCCCGUAGUCGGAGUUCUAUUUAUCUUCCUAUAGGAGAUAGGACAAGCCAGAUCAACCUCAUACCUCUCAUGCAGGAUGAUCACGAUCGGGGCAGACGCAGGUCUUCCAACGCAACCUCUAGAGCAGGGUCUUUUUGCACGUGCAUGUGCUACCGCUCACCUUUUUGUGACAGUCCUGCAAUAUCACAUCAUGAGGCUCUGAGCUGCCACACUAACCCAGUUUAUUACAACUCAAUCUCUUACAGAAUAGAUGAAAUUUCACUGAGCACCCGUGACAAUACCGGCUUCUCUUCUCCUGACAGCUUUUUUUUCUCCAGAGAAUCAGCGGUACACAAAUCAUUAUAG